AUGGCCACGUAUACCCAAAGGGCGCUGGGCCACGCCUCACCUUCGACACCCUCACCCCAGACGAAUUCUCAGUCUUCCACGCCUCCAGCAAACAGCCGCUAUGUCCCCGCCACGUCCAACUCGAUAGCCAAGAUCAACACUGUCAGUUACCGCAAUGCGACUAUCAAGGCCCAGAUUGAUACCACGAUGAUGGUCUCGGAUGUCAUUCGGCAGCUAUGCGCCAAUGCUCACCUAGGGGUGCAGGAGCCCCCGGCCCUCUUUGCUCUGCGAGACGAGGAUGAUGACGAGCUCAUCGAUGAUGCUAAUCUGGCUAGAAAGAUUGAAUCAGGCGCUAGCUUCAAAUUGACCGCCUCUCCUCUCAUCGAGGCGGCCGAGAUGGUAGACAAGCUCUCCUCACGCGACGACCGCACGCUCAAAAUGGCGACCUACACCCUACAGCGACUCAUUCGCGAGCCACCCUUCACGGCCGAGUUCAUUCGCAGAGGCGGCCUCGCCGAGCUCAUCGGUGUAGUACACGCUCAGUCGAGCGGCAACACGCUCGCUUACGCCUUGACGAGCUGUCAGAACCUCCUCGAGGCAACCGAUGAUGGCGCACAAGGCCUCGACGGGGCUUUUAUGGCCAAGGUCGUGCGCAUCCUUGUCGAGACGGAGAGGAUCAAUGUUUGCAGACCAGCAACGGCUAUCCUCAAGAAGCUCGUCGUCGCUGGGCCAUCUACCGAGCCUCAUUCUGCGGGCAGCGCUGGAUCACGCAGCAGCGGUAGCAGCGCUGGUGGCUUUGAGGCCGUGUUCGAAAAGAUCCGCAAGGAGCCGGCCUUCUUGCCCACUCUCGUACACAGGCUGGCAAGCGCAGAUGCGACGCUGUGCCUCUAUUCCCUCUCGCUGCUGAAUAGCCUCAUGCGGCAUGUGACCGACGCCCUCUUUGACGACUUCAAUACGGAGCUCGAGAAGCUGGGCACAUCAGCCGCCGUAGCGAGGUUGAUGGACUCGACGCGCGGGGAAGAGCUCGCUACCUCCAUUCUCGAGUAUCAGAACAACAUCAUACGAGUGCUUCACCACCGUCUCGUCACGCCCGUCACUCCAACGGACAAGCGACAUGUCACGGCGCUCACCUACAUCUGGAGACAGGCAAAGAUCACAGAAGAGGCAACCUCAGACUCUCCUGCCAGGAUGACGCCUUCGUCAUCUACCUCGUCGUCCAACCUGCGCUCCUCGCUGAAUAACAGCGACGCCCACACGCAGGGAGAGAUACCCCCCUCCGCUUCAUCCACGUCUUCGUCGUCAAAUCGUAAGAUCAAAUGGCGCAAACUCGGCUUCCAGAACGAGAAUGUGGCACGCGACUUCACUUCCACCGGCUGGCUCGGUCUGGAAUGCUGCGACGCCUACAUUCGUACAGAUCCCGAGUCGUACAGUCAGGAGAUCCUCGAGCAAUUACACCGUCCGGAAAUCAAACGCUGUCCUUGGGGUCGUGCUUCUACAGCAGUUGUAGAGAUGCUGGCCGAUCACUGGGGUAUCAGUGAGGGGUACAGCACAGCAGCUAUGGGCUUCAAGCCCUACCUCCUCUCCCUACCGCGCGUCCACUAUCUGGCCGUCCGCUUCUUCCUUCGAAUAUGGACCGAGUCUGGCGCUGUCUCCUCAGACUUCCCACGCGUCGCAGCUCUUGUGCGGAGCCAAGUGCGCUAUGCUCUGCGCGACGAGUCAGGAACGCAGUGGGCCGACGUGCGACGCUCCUUCCUCGAAGCGGAAUACCGAUCCGUGCGUGAUCGGCAGAUGAGGGAGCUAGAGAUGGAAGACGACUACGCCUCUCAGCCUGCGAUCAGGAGCCUGAGAGCUAGGCUGUACAGGGAGAGCUACGACUUUGUGAGAACGCAGAGGGUGCAGUGCCUUCUCGAGGGAGCUUGGUUCCGUACGCCAAGUGGGACCAGGUUUGGGGGCACGAUGCCUGCGUCCAGCACCGCUGGCACCGCUGCAGCAGGAGGAAGUGCGGCGCCUACGGUGGGACGACGACGCUCGUCGCACGGUAUCACGCCUCCCACCAGCGGGACAAGCAGUGGGUCGAGAUUCGCUGCUGCCAUGGGGUCGUCAUCCAACUCAACGACGCCGGCAUCAUCACAGCCAGUCUGGCGCUUCUACCGCCUUUCCCCAAAUCGUAGGUACUUGCACUACCGCGAAUCUAAUGUGCACGACCCCACGACGCCGGCUACCUCAGCUUCAUCGGCAGCUGCAUCUCUAGCGCCAGUCCGAAGCGGGCUAGACGACUUGCCACAACGCAUCGAUCUGUCCAAAGUGACGGACAUUGCAUUGCACACGGCGACGAGCAUGGUGCCCCUUCCUGGUAGCGGAGGCAUCAAUGGGGUCCAUCACACCUCUCCCGCUGCAAGCAGCUCUGCCUCCCUCAACAAUUCGUUCAGCCUCCUCGGUUCCCCCGACUCUUCCCUCGCAGACCUGAUCUGCGUCAGCGAGGCUCAGUACGCAGAAUGGGUCGACGGGCUCAGCAUGCUGCGAGGCAGCUCUGACUCCACCCACCCCACCUCCUUCGGAAACAACAGCGUCCCUCCCACACCAACGACCGUUGCCGGUACUGCCCCCAGUAGCGCUGGCGGAAGUGGUAGCGGCAACGCGAUAGUCCACACAACGAUGACGGGCGAGCAGAUCCAAGCGUUAGCGGAUAUAGCAUUGAAGGUCAAGAUGCUCGACUUGACCGGGGAGAAGGUCGAGGUGCCCAGCGGUGUGGCUGCGCCGAGCUUGCCGGCCAAUUUGGACUUUUGGUUUUCGGAUAUCUAA